CGUUUCGACUACUCAAAAUUUAAAAUAAAAUUUAUGCUCAAAAUUAUAAUUUUAUAAAUAUUUUUACAACUAUGGAUAACACGAAUUCAAAAUUAUCCUUAAUCAUUGUAGCCUCUUCGGCAUGUGCUGCAGUGAUUGCGAGCGCAUAUCUACUAUAUCAAUUGAAUCAAAAAGAUGAUCAAAUUGUUAAAUUGAAAAAAGAAAUACAACGUUUAAGCCAUCAAAUUAAUAAAAAUUCUAUGAAUAAUAAUGAAAUAAUAAAUCAUAAUACACAUUAUAAUCGCAAGUCGCAGCAUCUUAAAAAUAGGUUGAACAAUGGAAUUAAUCAUGUUUGUAAUGACCAAAAUCAUUUGAAUAAUGGUUUAAUAGCAAAUAAUUUUAACAAGUCAAAAAAGAACGUUAGAUUUUUAUCUAUGGAAGAACGCCAAAAUAAUCAUGAUGCAACAGAUGCUAAACCAAUCCAUUAUGACAAUGGUAUGUAUGCAUUUUCCAAGUCAUCAUCAGAAAAUUUAUUAUUAUACACCAAUAAUGAACUGAAUAAGUUUGAAUCAAAUAGCAUACUAUCAGAUGCUGGUGGUGAAGAUGAGUUUUUUGAUACAAUUGAAAGUUUAUCCAAUUUAGAAUCUUCUUGCCAAGUUAUAUUAAAUGAUAUAAAAAAUUUGGAAUCAAAGGGUGACAUAAAUUAUAUUUUAGUCUAUAAUCUUCUCUCUCAAUGUGAAUUCAAAGAACCCGAAUUUUAUUGCGCCAAAGCUAAAUUUAGUAGGUACAUGGCCAGAAUCGAGGAGGAAAACGAAAACGAGGAACAAUCAAAACAUUAUUUCUUUGAAGCUCACAAAUUUUCCAAAAUCGCCGAAACUUUAGAUCCCGAUAAUACAGAAGUUAAAAAAUGGUGCGCGAUAACUUUGGGAGAUUUAUCAGAAUACGUGAGUAUUUCGGACAGAGUCAAGAAUGCCUUAAUAGUCAAACAUUACGCGGAAUCGUGUUUGAUGGAAGAUCAAAAUGAUCCUCUCGUCCAUUACCUCUUAGGGAGAUGGCAUUUUAAGGUUGUAUAUUUAUUACGAUCAUCGUCAUUACUGAAAAUAAAACCAACCGGUUCGCUCCACAAACAAAAAAUUCCAAAGAAAAGAGAGUCAGUUGACCAAACUGAUUGGGACAAAAUAACAGAUGUCAUUUGGUUUUUAAUCUCGAUUUGA